UCAAUUGAUAUGUUUUUUUAAGUUGUACUUAUUGUACUGUUUAUCCUACCUCCUUUUCUCUCCAGCAGGGAAAAAAAGAGGAAAGAUGAAAGAUUCGUGAAGUUAGCUAAAAAGAGUACAUCGCCUAUCAUUUCAUAGAACAAAGAGAUACAGCUUACCGGUACUGGAGCGGAGGCAGAUCUCUAUUCAGAACUACGAAAGGUAUCUCUAACAAGAUUCGACGUCUGCCUGGUCUAUUGUUAAAAAGCACAGCUAAAAAAACAUGGAACGAUUGCGUCACGUUGAAUUUAUGGACAUUGUUUUUAUCGGAAUAUUAUUCUGCACCGGAAUCGCAAAAGCAACAGGUCAAGAUGAGAUAACACCGAUAUUUCCAUUGGACAACGAGACACACAAUGAAUAUAUUAUGGAAAUGUAUGAUAAUGGUUGUGAAUGCAUUAAAUAUAAUUGUGGAUGCUGUCAGCAUUUACAGUGGGAUGUAGUCUCUAUGGAUGGAAAGUUAUGCGUAAAUGCAAGUUAUUUAGAGAAGGACUAUGGGAUUUCACUCACAAUAACAUACAACAACUUUGUAAUUAUUAACGAGACAAUUUCAGCUCGAAACCCGCCACCUAUUUGCUUUGGAGAGGACAUUUUAAAUGAAGUAGAUAUUGAAGUUUGCUUGCAUAUGUAUGAUAUAAACAUUGAUAAACAUAAGUUUCACGUUUGCUUUGAGAUUUAUGGAAAAAUAAUGAAACUGCCAAUCACUAAAAUAAAAUUAGGUUGUAUCCAGACUAAACUGCAUGACAAGAUGGAGUAUAUUGAAAACAAUUUGUCAAAAUUGUUUCUUAAAGGGACGAAAAAUGAUGCACUACCCAUUGUGACUAUGGUAUAAGUAACAUACCAAACACAGACUCUCUAUAUAAAUUAAUCCUAAUUGAUAUUGCUGUGG